UCACUUCCGGUCUCUUGUUUCAUUUUGUCCACUUGAACUUGUUAGGUCACACAGAUUAGCACCUGUUCAACUUGAAAUAUUACAGCUUGUGGAUAUAUUUUACAAAAAGACUGAGAUACCCUGAUAAGUCAGAUGUUAGAUAAGAUUCAAGCACUUUGAUAUGUGGCCGUGGGAGUGGAAAGAUACUUUAAAGAGACGCAAAGAUGGCUACACACCAGUAAAAACAGAAGAUGACACGUCUAAAUCAAGACAGCACAAACUACAGACAAAAUCUUUUCUGGAGAAAAAUCAGAAAAAAGGAAUCGCUGCAAUUAUAGUCAUAGCAGCUGUAGUUGUAUUCUUUAGCUGGCCUCGGGGAGGCUUCAAGGGUGAAAUACCUGACGUUUCUCAUGUCAAGCAUCGCUACAAAAGCCAUGGAAGUCUCACUUUCAAAAGUGGAGAGUUUUUUCUUGAUACAUAUCCUAUAAAAAUUGUCAGUGGUACAAUGCACUAUUUCCGAGUUGUGCCAAGUUAUUGGGAGGAACGUAUGAAAAAAAUGAAAGCUUGUGGAUUAAACACAUUGCAAACAUCAAUUCCAUGGAAUCUGCAUGAGAAGGAACAAGGGGUAUAUGACUUUGGACAGAAUUUAGACUUAGGAGAAUACCUAGAGACUGCUAAAAGGGUAGGACUUCAUGUUAUUGUCAAUCUGGGCCCUUACAUAGGCAGCGACCUUGAACUUGGAGGUCUACCAAGCUGGUUGUUACGUGACACUGACAUGGAGUUGAGGACAAACCAUGAAGGCUACAUGACCACCGUGAAAAACUAUUUUGUGUACUUGAUGCCAUUAAUAAAACAGAAACAGCAUUCCCAAGGUGGCCCUAUCAUAGCGGUACAGAUUGAGCAUCAGUAUGGAUCCUUCAGUAAAGACACCAAACACCUAUACACUCUCAAAAAGCUGAUGGUGCAGCUAGGUGUGAGUGAAAUGCUGCUGUCAUCUGAUGGUUGGACAGAGGAUAACAAACUUGGUAUGGCUGUAGCUCCAUUCCAUGAUGCUGCCCUCCCGACAGUCAGCUUCAGCAACUUUGAGGAAGGAAAGACAGCUUUAGAUCACAUUACUAGUCUAAGCACCGACUUUCCAUUGUUUGUCUCCAAUUAUUGGUCAGGAAGGAACAACUUCUGGGGAGAUAGCUACAACCCAGGUCCUACACUAAAAGAGUUUACAUCAAACCUGGAGGAGCUGCUGAUUACUGGAGCUUCAGUCAACUUUUACAUGUUCCAUGGAGGUACAAACAUCGAAAGUAUUGCUGGGGCUAGUGAUCGUCAUGGUUACCAACCAGGAGUCACUAGUUAUGAUUAUGAUGCACCUUUAACAGAAUGUGGAGAGACAACACCAAAGUACAAGGCCAUCACUGAACUGUUACUUAAGUACGACUACGUCCGACCAGAGGAUUUAGUGUUACCAGAAAUAUCUCGGGAUCCGCUGAGGACAGCCUAUGGUACCGUCGAAAUUCAGGCCUUCCUUAGUUUUGAGAACAUGUUGUCCAGAGUGAAGGGGGUGCAGAGGUCACGAUUUUCACUGACCAUGGAGGAGCUAAACAGAGGUCAAAGGUCGGGUUACAUACUAUACAGAACAACUAUACCUGGCUCAUCCAUUGUCCGACUGACCGACACACCUCGGGACAGAAUGCAGCUGCUGGUGAACGGUAUAAACAUGGGUACGGUGUUUGAUUGGACUACUACCACUCGCACCACCGAUAUCUCCUCAGAGUGUAUCUUCAUAAACAACACACUGGAUCUCCUAGUGGAGAAUACUGGCCGAGUUAGUGAGGUCAAGCCAGGGUCAGACUGGCUGGACAAGCAGAGGAAAGGUCUUCAUGGUGAUGUGUUAUUUGACCGCCACACAGUUAACCACUGGACAAUCUACAGUCUGGACUUCUCAUCCAAUUACUUAAACAGGAUCAAAACAUUUGAUAGCUGGAAACCAUUUACGUCCCCACGUCUGGUGCCAGGAAUGUACCGAGCAGAGCUUAACAUCAAUCAGCCUCCAACAGACACAUUUCUCUCCCUUUCUGGCUGGCAGAAGGGGAUGGUCUUUGUGAAUGGAAACAAUAUUGGACGUUACUGGAAUAUUGGGCCCCAGAAGUCUCUAUAUGUACCUGCAUCUUACCUGAAACGCGGAGUGAACUCGAUUUUGAUAUUUGAACAACACAAAGCCGGAACAACAAUAUUUUUCUCUGACAAACCGUCCACAGGAAAAAAACUGGCAACUGAAAAAUACUGACAAAACCAUCAGAGAUUGUUAUAACAGUAUUGCUGUCUUGUGAUAAUUGUCAUCAGAAACAUUACAGGAUUUUGUUAACUUGUGAUAAUCGUCAUCAGAAACAUUCCAGGAUUUUGUAACCUUGUGAUAAUUGUCAUCGGAAACAUUACAGGACUUUGUCAACUUGUGAUAGUUAUCAUCAAACAUAUCAUGCAUGACAUAUUCCAAGUAUGGUCCCCUGAUGAGGAUUCUGUCAGAGAACGUCGUUUAAGUGUGAUCAGUGUCACAGAUAAAAUGUACAGUAACAAUGUAUGUCAUAUCUAACACAAGUAUAGCUGAAACAAUACCUACCCUUGUUGAAUAAUGUGGUCAUUCUGGGACGAGACUGCUCAGACGACAGAACCAUACAGUCUGUAUCUUCAGGAGUAAGACAGAUAAUUUGAUGGAAUGGGUUGAUGUUCAUCAUCAAGGCAAGAAGUCUGUUGAUAAAACAGGACUGUGUCAUCGUUAGGCACACGAUAACUCGGUCUCAGUGUCCUUCAUCAGAGACAAGGUAGCUCACCUGAAAUGAUGGGGCUGUGUCGACCAUCAUACACGAGGUAGCUCAGUUGAUACUUUGUGAAUAUCGAGAGAUCUUCCUGUUAAAUACUGCUGGUGUAUUGUAGUAUUGACCAAAAUCUUGGUUCAGAUAGUGCCAGAGAUCAACUGCAGCAUGAGGCUUACAUGUAAGUGUCUUUAAUUACCAUCAGUAGUCAGGAUUUUGGUAAAAUGAGAGAGAGGUGGUGUGGGAAGCUUACCUUUGCCAAAUGUUUUAAGAUUUCUCUACAUAUACAUCACCUGUCCAAUUUGUCAUGACUUUUAUAUUUUUGUAGCCUUAUAUUAUGUCGUUAUUUAUUUUGUAUGUGGAGUGUUCAGUGAUAAUGAGUGCCAUUAUAAAAUACGAAAGUUGAAUUAAAUGUUUACAUUCUCUGAGCAGCUAAUUUGUCAGUGUACUUGAUGCGAGACACUGAAUCAGUUUAGUUAUCGAGUAUGUUAGUGUGUGAAUCAAUGUAAUUUAUGUACCUAUAAUGUCAAAUUUAAUUUCUCAGAAUAGCUGAAUCUCGAAAGGAUGACACUUAUUUUGAUUUUAUGAGGAGCUAUAUCGUUUAAGCUUUUUUUGUUCAUUAGAUUUGUGUGUGUACAAGGUUAUUGCAAUUUCUUAGAAUAUGAAAUUUUAGUCGAACCUCGUUUUCUUGAAGUCAGUUGGGUCAUAAAAAACUUCCAAGAUAACCAGAGUAUUCAAGUUAAUCUGACAAGUACAUUUUGUAUAUUUUACAUAGAAAUUCACUGUUGGAAUUGAAUGUUUACUUCAAGUUAAGCAGGAUCUUUGAGCUAUCAGACUUUUUCUAGUUUUUAUGGGAGUUUUGAAUAAUAAGUUACAGGUUUUUAUUAUACAUAUACAAAAUAUUCUCUGAAAUGAUGUGCUCCAUCAAUGGACAUAUCAAAUAUUAACUGGACAAGCACUGGGAUAAUCAGGAAAACAAUUAUAUGAUAGAUUUAAAUGUUCUUGAUGUCAGAUGCGGUGAUCUUAUUUCUACUUAAAUUUUGUAUUUUGUUUAUUAAGUGUAUUGGAGAGAAUCAUAAAUAAAUAACGGAUUCAAUACGACACCCUUCCAAAACAUUAUUAUUGACAUGGGUGGAAAUGAUACUUGAGGACUUAACAUAGAUGACAUUUCAGCUUUGACAGUUCUGUUGUGUGACCUUAUACCGUAAUCAACCGGCAAUACACCUGCUGAUCAGUAAUAAACCCCAUCCCUUAGUUGAAUUCCAUUUCAAAAUAUUUCAUGAUCAAGAAAUACAUGUAUGUACAAUUAUACAUGUAUAAAUAAAUGGAUUAGACAACAGACUAAGCCUAUACUGGUCCUUUCCAGUUGAAUACGGUAAGCUGCGAGAGCCAUCAAUCAGUCUAUUGACUAGAGACUAGACAGAAAGGAAUCUGAAUAUAUAACAGAAUAUCAUAACAUGUUCAAUAAUUCUUUUAAAUAUAAAUAAAGUCAAAGCCAUCAGAAUGUGUCAUUUUGUUUUUAUUUACAUGAUAAAUGACGGAAUCUGAAGAAAUUUCAGGAAGAGGAAAGACUAAAGGACAGAUUUCACACAUGUUUAUAGCAUGAUUUCAACAUCAUUCGAGUGUCCACACAUCAUAUGUCGUACUAAUUACAUCACUUUUCCAUACAAUGUAUAAUACCUUACUGAUAGCACCUAACACCACUUGUCUUUCACACAUACAUUUGUAUAGGGUAUAAUUUGAAUGUUGAUGUAAAUUGCUGAUAUCGAGUGAGAAUACUACCAAUUUCCCAUAUCAUAAAUUAGGUGAGUUACUGCUAAUUUCUAAAAUCACACGACUAACUUAAUUCCUAACAGCAUAAAAUGCAUGAAUGUCUUCGCUGUGUUAUAAAUGUGGUAGCACUAUCACAGCUAUCAGGAUCAGUAUGGAUUGAAAACAAAAUUAUUGAAAAGUUCUUUGGGCUAUUCCAGAAUUAUCUGUAAUAGGGGUGGGGGCACUUGAA